AAACAAAUAUGUUUAGUUGUAAUAAUAUAUCAUUCCAUGUUCAGAAUCUUAUAAUUUUUGUCCCCAAUCGAAGAGUUUGCACAAGAAAUAAAGAAGAUGUCUUUGGUAGAUUAUGCAUCCUCUGACGAAGAAGAAGAGCUUCACGAACAACCCCAAGAAAAUAAACAACUUAGCAAAGCGGAAGAGCCAACCCCUCGACCCCCUUUGGAUCCAUUACCAACCAGAAACGACAAUCGCCAUCUUCCUCAGCCUCAAAACCAGAGGACUAGUUCGUCUUUAAAUAAAGAAGCAUUACACUCGUCAAGUUUAUUGGAGUCCUCCGAACUGAAACUCCCUGAUGCAUCACUUCUAUUAAAUUCACCUACAAUGCCAGGCCAUCUUGGACACAAUACUGACCAUACUUCCCUAGUUGCAGCAGCCAUGGCUGAAAAUGCAACACGGAAACGGGAUAUAAAGGUAUCAGCAUCCACUUAUCCACGCAGUAAGAUUCCUAAAGGAACUUUGCCUCACAUGAAGAAUGUCCCUGAAACAGGAGGUGGUCUUCUGCUCCCACCUCAACUUACCGGAAGGAGCAAUAUUGUUACAGAAGACAUCAGCAAGCUAUUUCGGAAGAAGACCUCGUCUUAGUUGCACACACAGUGGCAGAGGUCUCUGUUGACCUAACUGUAGUUUAAGUGGAUUCUGUAUCAGAUUCUAGUAGAAAUUAACAGAAAUGUUGUGUAAGAUAUUUGGUUAUAUUGAUUCUGGGAUGGCUCUCAGCAGUUCUGGUUGAGGUUGAAGUGAUGGACUACUUUUUGUACAGAAUUUCUGCAACCAUACAUUCUUAUUAGUGUGUUGAUUGGUUCUCAGAAUGUGUAAUUGCUAGGCAUGCAUCAUCUGAGUGAUUGAAGCAUUAUAUUGAAUUGAAUAACCCUGCAUACAGCUGCAUUCAGUCUUGU